AUGAAUGAACCUGCAGCUUUUGCUGCUUGCAGGCCAUUUUAUUACCUAAUUUGCAGCGCAGAACUUGUCUAUCUAAUAAUUGCUUUAUUAAAUGUCUUCAUUCUAGGCCAAUCUAUGUUAUAUAUAAUUUCAUUUUUUGAUACUGUCGAAAUUCCGUAUAUUGCAACUCCACAGCUACAAAUAGGGCAAACCCCAAUCCCGACACCUAUUCCUAGGCCAUAUGGUGACGAUGAUGCAAAGAAAUUAAAACAAAUCAAGAAAAACUUCAGAACGAUUUAUUUCGAAUAUCUCAAAAAGGCAGAAUUGCAUGAUUACUUACUGGUAGACUUUCCAUACCAAUCAGAUUUUUAUAAUUUAUCAUUAACUUUAUUAGAGUCAUUACCUACGCUUGCAAUCAUGGGAUUUACGAAGGAAAUCAACAGAAGAAUUAAGAAAUUGAAUUUCUCCCAGAUAUAUAUGCCAAAAACGUUCUCAAGAUCAGAUUUUGUUGGACAAGUCAUUUCUCCGCUUAUAUCCCUAUAUGACUUAACAUCAGCAACUGAAUCAACAUCACUUUUGUCAAAAAUUUUUAAAACAUUUUCAUAUUUACCAAAAAAUUUUGACGUUAGUGACAAAAUGGUCGCAGAUUUCCAAGGAAUCUCAGCAUUUUCAGACGAUCCAUACCUAGAAUCGCAUUUAAUUGGUUCAAUUCAACUCGAAUAUCUUGGAUUUCAUAAAUUUUUCAGAGAUCAUCAAAUUUACGAUUGUAUGUUAAGCCCUUUUAUCACAUUCUUCGGAGGAAAGACCAAAGGACUUAUCUGCGAUCUUGCACUGAUCAAAGACAAGAAACUUUUUGAAGAUUCUUUUUCUUUGUCACAAUACGGCCGUAGUUACUUAGAUUACUUCAUAAAAACCGAUAUAAUAACAAACCAUUCAUCCCCACAAUUAAAUGCCCGUUUUGGACAUUAUUACGAUGAAAUGAAGAAUUUAAGUUUAAUUCAUGACGGAUUUUUCCUUAGAAUGAGGAAUGGAACAAUAAUUGAUGAAGUUCUAAUGGAUGAAGCCUUUAUUCCUGCAGCAGAAAUGCUCCACAGCGAGAAAAAUCGAAAAAGAGCUGAUGAAAUAUUAAAUUCGUAUUUAUCGAUCAGAAAAACCAACAAAUUUGGUUUAUUCCCAAGAUCAGUGUCUGUUAAGAACGGUAUGAAGAUAUUAGACGGAACAGUUGUGUUUCCAACAAGAUUAUUUGAAAGUUUGUUUAUUUUGUACAGAAAAACUCAUGAUAAGAAGUAUAGAGACAUUGCAUGGGAUAUACAUACUAACUACACCAAGCAAUUCUAUACUGCAACUGGUUUUACGAAUUUGAAAUUAUCUGAAGACGGAAACAACAUAAUGAAGGAAGGAGGAGUUGUAGAUCCGAAGAUUUUAGGUGCAUACUACACAUAUUUGUACCUUUUGUUCUCUGAUUCAACAGAAUUACCGUUGGAAGAUUGGACUUUCACUUGGAAUGGCCAUCCACUAAGAAAUGUUAGGAGUAUUAGGUAUUUCGACUUCAGAUUAACACCUAGAGAUGAUUUCUUCUUUUUAAGAUAG